GCAACCGUACGGGGAAAUCGGCCGUGGCUUCGCCAAUGGAUGCCAGGCAGAACGGGACGCCAUUUUGAUAUACGGGCGCACGUCAAGCGCCGUUCGUAACGCGCCGCUACGCAGGGGAAACGCGCUCUGGGAGUCGGUUCGCGUAGGAGCGCGCGACAAAAUAGUUGCCGCUUCUUUUCGUUAGCCCGAUUCUCGAGGCUGCUGGUUUGGCCUUUGAGAGAGAGCUUGUUGUUGUAAUACUGUUGGGCAGUUAUCGUUGUACCUUGGCGCCGUAGUCGCGUCUUAAACGUGAACAGGAAUAACGUGGUGUGUGGAUAGAGAGAGCCGCGAGGCAAACGUUCUCUCUCUUUCUUUCUGUCUGUCUGUUUCUAUCUAUCUAUCUUUCUAUCUAUCUAUCUGUCCAUCUCGGUUUGUCGUUUGGUGUUGCCAUAGGAAGUAAUACGUACGUACAUUUGCAGCCGUGUUGGUCUCUCUCAGUAGUUUGGUUCUGUUGUGAGUGGUGGUGUUGUUGGUGGUGCGGUGCGUUGCGUUGCGCUGCGCUGUGCUGCGCUACGGUGCGCCGCGACGAGCUACGGAGAGAGAGUGGUGUGCGUCGUGGCGCGACGACGAAUCUUAAACGUUCGCCUUAACUUGACAAGUGACAGGUGAAUCGAUCCGCGCGGCCGCCAACGAGCGACGACGAGUCGCGUCGUCGUUGAUCGCGCGGGGUGCCUUUCUGUGCCCCGCGAGAAAGGGAUCGGAGGGAGAACGCCAAAAAGAAGAUUAUCAAGAAGGGAGGGAGAAAGAAAGAAGGAACGAAAGGGUGAGAGAGAAAACGCGUUGUAUAUUACAUUAGGAGAGAGAGAGAAAGAAAAGACGUGGCCACCGUAAAGUAGUAGUAAAGUCUCUCCUCGAGCAGCAGCAGCAGAUUGCAAUAAACUCGCGCGCGCUUCGUUCCUUCUUUCGAAUCGGCACGCGGUGCUAAACUACUACUCUAUUACUAUUACUAUUACUACUACUACUACUAUUACUACUACUACUACUCUCUCUCACACUGGUAUAUACGGUGGCUACAAAACGUCUCCACCCACCGUAUUUUCCCCACACCUGUGAUCAGUCCGGUGCACCGAGUACGCGUCUAAGCACCUGGGGAGAAAAACCGCUGUCAGCAUCAUACCAUCGUCGUCAAAGUCGUUCCUGCGAGACAUCAUCUUCGUUGUGUCAUCAUCAUCAUUAUCAUUGUCGUCGUCGUCAAAGUGGUUAGUUGCAGUUGCAGUUUGUUGAGACCAUUGUUGUCGUCCAUCGUCGUCCGUUUCUUUUUUCCUCGGUUCGCGCCUUUCGCGCGCGUUCUUCGGACACGGAACGGUCAAGAGAGAAGGGGACACAAGAAGAAGACGGAAGGGGGAAAAAGAAGAAAGAACGAAGGAACGUAGGAGAUAGAAAGAGAGAGAGAGAGAAAGGCCACCGGCCGACACUCCGGGGGCCAGGACAAGACGACCCGAUGUUGUCGGGAACGGGUCGCGACCCCGUGUCGACCCGUGGUCGUCCUCGUCGUCUCACCACUACCACCACCAACGACAACGUCCUUGUCCUCAUCGACAGUACCAUUAUCAUCUCUACUACUGCUACUACUACUACUGACCAUCCUCCUCACCUACGCUACCGUCCUCGUCGUCGCCAGCUCUUUGGAUUUCCACCACCAAGAGCAAUAACUGCGAUACCAGCAACACCACCGUCACCACCCUCGCCAGCAGCAACAGACACCACGAACCCAGAACAAUCGUCUUCGCGUAAAUGUGCUCCCAUGCGCGCCCAUCCGAACCUUCUUUUUACUAUUCUACCCUUUUUUUGCUGCUCACCGGUAACCCUACGUGCUGCCCUAUUAUUGUUAUUGUUACUGCUGCUCUAAUUAUUACGGAGUGCACUCCGAUCAUCACGACAGAGAAACGAUUCUUACACCGUCCUCGUAUCCGUGAUCAUGGCCAAGAUCCUCGACAAGGAUCCCGUCACCUACGAGAGGGAGAGGGAAAACUUUAUGAAGGAACUCCGGCAUUUUCACGAAACCAGAGGGACUCCAUUUCGAAAGUCUCCAAAAAUCAGUGGGAAGGAGAUAGAUCUGUAUUUAUUAUACGUAGUUGUUACCGCCCGUGGUGGAUGGAUAAAAGUGAAUACAAGGAACGAGUGGGCCUCGUUGUGCGAACAAUUUCAUCUGCCGAACGGCUGCGUCAACAGCGGAAUCGGCCUUAAACAAAUAUACCUUCGGUAUCUGGAUAGGUACGAGAAGGUACACUUCUUAGGAGAAGAUGGACAACAAGCGGACGACGAAGAUGAGGAUUCCAGACACAGGAAGUGGUCUGCCAGAGCAUUACAUUCGGUUCCUCUUACAUAUAAUCAUCAUCAACAUAAUGUUGCAGAAUCUCUUCGCGAUUACAAUGGUCUAUCGUCCGACUUGUACAAGCCAACAAAUUACGAUAAACUGGCAUUGUCCUUGCUUUCGCCACUUCCAAACGAACAAGAUUUUGCGAUAAACGUUUGCACGCUUUUGUCUAAUGAAGGGAAGCACACGUUACGUCUAGACAAGUAUCCACGUUUGGUGAACAUCCUGUUAGCUCAUGCCGGAGUUUUUGACUCGCCUGGUACGCGCCAACUUUUCAUCGAGGUUUAUUCUCGCGUGAGGAACUAUUCUAUCAAUUCGUUUUGGUCUGACGUACUCGAUUCGCAAGACGUGAUAGAUCUUACCAACGAGAAAACCUUUAUGAAGAAGCCAUCAACGAGCUUGAACACGUUCUCCAGGCGGAAAACAUUGGAAAAGGAAAAGCAGAAUAAAGCAGCGACAGCAACGGUCCAAGAUACUAAUGAGGAAACCGUCACGUCGAUGGACGUUGAUGGGGUGCUUCCAGACUGUUCUCGUCUAGAUCCUAUUGGUUCUCAUUUGGAUGAGAAUUGCAAAGAUCAAAAUCAAAAUUCGAUAAAAUUCGAGGAAGAGGAUAAAGACUUGUUCUGCGUUGGUAGAACGUUAGGCACGCAAGAUCCUUAUGGUCAACGCGUGUUACAGAUAGCGUCUAUCUUACGAAAUCUCAGUUUUACUCCGGAAAAUGCAGCGGUGCUAAGCAGGAAUCGAUGUUUCUUGAGAUUCGUAUUGUUGUGUAUAAGAGCGAGGUGGAGUAACUUGCAUCAACUCGGUUUCGACAUAUUAGGGAAUAUAGCAAACGAAAUUGUAUUAAAGGAAGCUGGGGAGAGGAUAACGGACGUUGUCCUAUCUUGCGUUGCUAAGGGUAUCGAGUCGCAAGACAGAUUUAUCGUUAUAUCCUGUUUGGAGGUGCUUAAUAAGAUCAGUCAACAGGAUAGCAAUGAAGAAAUCGUUACGUUCGGUUUAGAAGAUGGCGUGUAUGAACUUAUUUGCAGGUUUUUAGCUCUAAGCGAUAUAGCUCUUUUAGUUUAUACUUUGGAAUGUUUAUAUGCGUUAACUUCGUUGGGUGAAAGACCGUGCACGAGCGUCGCGCGGGUACGCGGAGCUAUCGACACAUUGGUUGCACUUGUCACUGUAGAAGCACAGAGCUAUGGUCCAAAAGCUUGUAUUUUGAUGAGAGUGGUAGAAACGGUAUCUACCAUACCCACGCCAUCAAAUACAUCUCAGAAUACUCCCGUUGCUACUGCUGCAACUACUCCGGUUGCAUCAGUAACGUCAUCACCUGUGCCAGCUACCCCAGCUACGAUUACCGCAACCUCAGCUCCGGUCAGUCCGGCACCUUCCAGACCUACUACACCUGCGACUACAAGCAAGUCUACAACGCACAAAGCGGUAGAUACAGCCACUGCGUUACAACAACAACACGCGCAUCAGCAAAUCAUUCAGGAAAACGAACAAUUCGCUUUAGGAUGGUUAAGAGUUACCUUUGAACUAGCACCAGGGAUUCGUAUCGAACAAGAGGAAUUGUAUAAAAAAUAUCUUGGGUGUUGUACGAAGAUUGGCAGGAGAGGAGUAAUCGCGCCACUUCAUUUUCCUAGAUGCGUUAGGUCAGUGUUUGGAGGAACCGUUGGUCCGAAUCCACUGAAAGGAGAAUCAACGGGUACACAGUAUUACGAAGGAAUCCGCGUACGGGCCACACCAGGCCAAAUAAUUUAUCCGAGCCAAACAGUUAUUGCAACUAAUACAACCCCGAUACCAGCUGUCAACGCAACUCCAGUAAAGGUGCUUCCCGUACAACAGCGUACACUCAAGAAUAUAAGUCCUGCUCCCGAUAGCACGGCCCUAGAAAAUCCUGCAUCAGGAGUUCACAGAACUCCAGCCCCUGCAUCCCCCAUUCUAAAAGCCCAGUUGUCUGCCCCACCAAAACCACCUUCCAGUACGUCAAAUCAAUCCCAAAAUCCAGUCACCAAGGUUGAUUCUAAAAGUCAGGUAUCAGUAUCUCACCCCCAUCUGAGUCAAGCAUUGUUGGCCAGUGGAUCCCAAAAUCAGCAACAGCAACAACAACAGCAACAGCACUCCCAAUCUGUCCAAGUAGUAACAAAAGAAGAUAACAGAAGUAGUACUACAUCCAGUUCUAUAAUAAAGAGCCUUUUGGCUACCAAGGUAACAGCCAGCAGUGACUGCAUGUCCAGUGCUGCUGCAACUUGUGUGUCUACCCUUACUGCCUGUGUAACAAACACUACCACUAGCAUCGCAUCCAGCAUCAGUGCCAACCAGCUAAUAACAAGCAACCAGGUUGCACAACGUCAACAACAACAAAGGUUACUGCAACAGCAGUUAACAGGCGUGGUACAGCCUGCAGCUCCUGCAGCAACCCCAGCAACAAUACUCCCUAAGGCUUCUGUUAACUCAAAACAAAAACAAAUUAUUGCAUCUAUUCCUGCCAAAAAAAUCCAGAGACUUAAUGGAGCUAAAUUUAUUAUGACUAACAAUUGUGAGAAGACUGAAGUAAACGAUGUAAAUGAGAGCGUGAACCAAAUCGUAACGUCAACUACGGUAAUAUUGAAUUCGACUGAGAAUCACAUAUCCUCAAUUGUAAAGGUUUGUCAGCCACCGAGUUCUACCACAAUUGGUGGUGCUACAAACAAAUCCAAUCAACGAAGUACGUGUACUUCAAUUGCCGAAGAUUCCGAUUCAACGAACAAUUCUUUGGCUUCUAGUAGUGGUAUUGGUGGUAGUAGAGAUUUUUCCGGUGUUGGUGUCGAAGAAGAUAAUUCUUUGACGAGUUUCGAAGGAAUACUUCUAAAUGGUGCACCAACUAAUAUAGAUAUUAAUGCACAAGACGAUGGAUCAUCCAAAGAUUCGUCUAGUGUAAGUUCGAAGGAAAAACCAUUGCAGAGUAUGAUGUUGGCUGAUUUGUUAGAGAGGAAGGUGGUUGACAAGGAGCCUAUUUUGAACGGAGUUCUCGGAAAGAAUUCAAUCAACGAAAAGGGAAUGGAUCUAGUUGAAAAUCAUAUUAAAAAGGUAUUAAAAGAAUCUCCAACUGAUAUUAAAAUUAAAAAGGAAUUACCAGAAAGUGAUACGAUGCAAACCGAUGUAACCGAGGAUACGUUAAUCGAAACUCUGAGAGGAAUUAAAAGAGAAGCUAGCGAUUCCGAUGAGAUAGUAGAUACGAAAAAAUUAAAAUAUUCUAAUGGCACAACGUCGCCUGAUCAUGCCGUUGAUUCAACCACCGUCGAAUCUACGAUGUCGAGUAUCAAAUCGGAAGAACAGGAAGAUGACAAGGAUAGUGAGAAAGCUACAGUUUCCUCUACUGCUGCUAACCUUUAUGCAGCUCUUGCUGCUGAUUGCAUAGAAGAUGAAACUGAUCUUGAAGAACAAAUAACUAUUGUUAAGGAGGAGCCUCCUCCUCCUCCUCCAAUCGUGAAAGAAGAACCUCACAUAUUUAUUAAUCAAAUUAGUCAACAACACCAACAGCAGCAGCAGCAACAACACCAACAACAACAGCAGCAGCAGCAGCAACAACAACAACAGCAGCAACAACAACAACACCAGCAACAACAGCAACAUCACCAGCCACAACAGCAACAUCACCAGCCACAACAACAGUUAAUAGUAGCUACUCCACGACAAAUAGUCGUUCAACAGACGAUCCAAUCGAACAAUCAAGUUAUAAUUCCUGCUGCGUCUGUCAAAGGAAGACAGGCACAAGCACAGCCACAAGUUUUGUUGCAACAAAGUGCGGGAGGGCAACUGCAAUAUGUUGUAUCCGGUGGUGUUCCUGGACAAAACUAUGUGUUAGCUCAACCGCAAACAGCAUUAGUACAAGGGCAAGCACAGACGGUUCUCGUUGCUCAGACAACUCAACAACAAGGGACUGGGACUAAAACCAUUAUAAUAUUGCAGCCUCAAGCUGCUCCUCAAACAACGCCGCAGAAAAUGGUAGCUGUUACGCCCCAAGGACAACAAGUUGUCGUAACUCAAGUUCCGCGUCCUAUUCUACAAAGUCCAGCUCUUGGUAAUAUUCCUCCUCCGUUGGUACCUACGUCAGCCACUAUUCCACAGACUUCCAUAAUAGUUAAUAGUUCGGUAGCACAAACUAAUCCAAAUACUGUAACAGUUACGAUACCCGCGAUGGCUCAACAGAAUCCAGUGUCUACUAGUGUACCAUCGAGGGUAGUAACUCCAACACCUGCUUCGACACCGCCACCAACAAGACCAACUACGCCUCAUCAAGCGGCUGCAACGCAUGGACUUCCAGUUAAGCCACCAGUUAAGGCUAUCAAAACUGUAAGUUCGUCGACCUCGACAGAACCAGAAUCGAAACCUUCGACGAGUCAAAUUCCACCCGAGAGCAAAACUAUUACCAUCAAAAUAGAUCCUAAUGCGUAUCUCUGCGAAUGGCGAGGUUGUCUAAGGCAAUUUAAAACUCCCCAUGAGGUUUUCCUUCAUGUCUGUGAAAUUCAUUGUCCUGCUGGCGAGGAAGAAAUAUUGUGCUUAUGGGGCAGUUGCGAUGCUUUAAAGAGACGUAGAUUUUCUUUAAUGACGCAUUUAUUCGAUAGGCACUGUAAUUCAGAUUCAAUGAGCACUAGAAGGAAACAAUUGACCUUAACUGGAAAAACUGAAGUAUCAACAUCUACACCACCGACGCCUCAUCAUCCCGGGUAUGCACCAAAUGCAGCAUUCCACGCCAUUAAAAGACAUGCAUUGGAAUUCGUAAAUCCUAAGGAAUUGAUGCAGAGGCCAACCAAGCCCGCUGCAGCCACUUCAAGCUCUUCUUCUCCCAGACCUGGGCAAAACCCUCCACCAGAACAGGAUGACAACGAAGGUCCAGUGACCAAAAGUAUUCGCCUGACGGCAGCUCUUAUUCUCAGAAACCUAGUCAUAUACUCAACGCAUGGUAGAAGGCAUCUUAGAGCAUAUGAACCUCAUUUGGCAGGUGUGGCAUUAAGUAACGUUGAAUCAUCAAGGACGAUCGCACAAGUCUUAUACGACAUGAAUGAUCAGAGCAGUAGUAGUCAUAGGUGACCUCUUGAUGCAGGCCUCUAAACUCA